UUUUCAAUUAGUUAAAGGCCAGCAGCAUAGGAAAUUAUGUGCCGCGUGUCGUCGUGAGUCGCCGCGAGUAUUUGAAAGAUUCGCCGUCAUCAUCGUCAUCGAUCCCGGAUCCCGGAUUGCAUACGGUGUGUCCUGCGACGCGCGUCUGGCCGCGUGCGUCUCGCGCGCGGGUACCGUGCCGCGUCGCGACGCGUCUCGCGCGCGUGCUGGUCCCGUCUGUCAACCAGCCAGCGCGGAAAGAUCGAUCUCCCAUCGGCGGUCUCUCUCUACGUUUUCGGGACAUCCGGAGUGGAACGUGUACGUUCGCCGAGUGUUUACCAGGAUCACGUUGUGGACUCGUUACUUCCCCCCGUUCCGCCUUGCCUCCGCCUCUUCCCCGCGCGCAACCCCCUUGAUCCUGUACGAGGAGCGAUGACUCGUCGCCAGUGACGACGGCCACGGGAGUUAGGAGACAGGUCGAUCUCCUGCCCUGUGUACCUGGCCUGCCACGUCGCACCGCGCCGCUCCGCUUCGCUCCGCGCCGAGCAGCGCGUCAUCAUCGCCGGGACAUCCCCGGCGAUCUUCGAGAACCAGAGUCACUCGCGGGAGCGAGGAUGCUGCGCGCGGUCUUCGCCGUCUUGCUGCCACGGCUCCUCGUACUGACGUCGCUGCUGAUUCACUCAGGUGUCGUCGUCGCCCUACGCAUGACGUCGCUGCAGAUACCGCAGCACGUCGUGCUGAAUGCGACAGUGCGCAUGCAGUGCAACUUCAACUUGGACAAAGAGAUAUUGUACGCGGUGAAGUGGUACAAGGACGGCCACGAAUUUUAUCGCUACGUGCCUAGCGACGCGCCACAGGUCGUAACGUUCCCGGUGCCCGGCGCAAACGUGAACCCGCGCGAUUGCAGCCAGAGUUCGGUCGUCUUGAACAACGUGAAUCUGACGAGCUCGGGGAGAUAUCGAUGCGAGGUGUCGGCCGAGGCUCCUGUCUUUCAGACGGUCUCCGAUCACGCGGACAUGUUUGUAGUCGUUCUACCUAACGAAGGACCGCAGAUAACCGGUGGUCGUUCCAAGUAUCAGGUGGGCGAUGUCGUUCGCAUGAACUGCACGUCGGCACCUUCGCAACCAGCCGCGCAGUUGUCUUGGUACAUCAACGACGAGCUGGCCAACAGCGACUACCUGGUGGGGCCCCACGUAGUCGCCAGCGGCGAGAACGAUUUGGAAACCGUGGUGCUCGGUCUCGAGUUCCGCGUCGCGAACAAGCACUUCAGGCGGGGCGACAUGAAGCUAAAGUGCUUGGCCACAGUGGCUACGGUCUAUCGGCAGAGUAACGAGGAGAGCGUGGAGGGCGACGAGAGCUUUCUGAAAACGCCUAUAAUGGAGAGCCGUGAGACCCGGGCGCAGAGCCACACUCGCGAGGACCUGACAAACGGUAAGCAACGCGGAUCACCCGUUCCUUUCCUGGCCACGCUGCCGCAAUUGCGCAACGUAUCCGCGUUAUCGAUUAACACCCUGAUGCAGAACUCAACUUUUACCCUGCCCAUUAGGAAGAUCCGUAGACGUCACAGCUCACUGGACGAUCCUCAUCGUCAUGCUGGUCACAUCGAUUGCAGUGGCGCGAUAAUAACGACGACGGAUAUCUUUUCCACGUUGCUUCCUGAUCGUAUAAACGUUAGGAGAUCCGUCUCACCCUAUCUACUACUAACUCUCCUGAUUCGCGUAACCAUAUGUAGAGGAAAAUGGAAAACGUUUAAGUGUCAUCACGUGACAGUAGUUCGCCGCGCUUUCGUGAAGACGCGUAUACAUGAAGUAAGGUUAAGUAGCUUUACAUCUCUGAUUGGGUACUUGUACUUGUGCUCCGGGAUUAGUUUUCCGAUUUUCACUUUUACGAUGGAGCCUAUGUCAUUGGGAUCACCGAUGAGUAGUCCUAUGCAAAGUUCCAUGAGUCCGGGCAGCUCCUCGGCGUACUUGCCGAGCUUUCUUCUAGGCGAUACCAACACUCCAGCUAAGAUCAGCAUAACGAGUCCUCAGGAUAAUCCGCGUCACUUGAGCUUUACCAACGCCAGCCUGAUGUCGCCGGUUUCGUACGGGACUCCAGACUACCGAUCCAAUCGUCAGAAGGCAGUAUUUGGCAGUACUACCACUCCCACUACGUCACAGAUUAGCACGAAGAACCAUACCGGAGGACCCCCGACACGCGGAUUGUUCGACAGCCUCGAGGUAUCGCAGAUAUCAUCGCCGCACGCGUCCGUCGCGAGUCCAGCCGUCACGCCGGUGUCCACGACCCAGGCCAGGCUCAUGACCAGCACGAUAACCAGUCCGCUGCUCUUUCCGGACACUUCGAUGAGCCUGAGCGCGAGCGAGUCGCAGAGCCUGCUGCAGUGGGUGACCGUGUUCGGUUUCCUGCCGACCGACAUCAACACCGUGCUGUCCCACAUCUCCAGCAGGGUGCGCAUAGUGGAUAAACACCCGGCACCGCAACCCCAGAGCAAUUGGAUACACCUGAAAUGCGCGUCGGAGCAGGAAGCGCAGAAGGCCCUCACGUGCAACGGCAGCAUCGUUUCCGGCUCGAUUAUGAUCGGCGUUAUACCGUGUACGGACGAAGGCGUCGUCUUAGGUUCCGACAAGGAGAAUCGCGCUAAAUUGAACGGGAGCAUGAGAUCGCUCUCGACCAUCAGCAAAGCCCAUCAGUCCCCGUUCAGCGUGUCGCCCAGCGCGAGGCGACGGAAGCUAAGAUCCCUGGCGGCUGGUUACAGCCAGCAUCUCAGCCCGCAGUACGCGCAAACGCCGGAAAGCAUUCCACAAAAAUCCACCGGCUUAGUAUCGAAAGCGAUGGAGUACAUGUUUGGUUGGUAGUUUGCUUUCACGACCAAAUCAGAUGCGAACGUGAUAAUUGUUAAAGAGAGUGAGCAAAAGAUCUAAGAGAGAAAAUUGUGAGGGGGAAUCGCAUUUUGACUUCUCGAGCGCUCAAUCCAGCCUCAGAUCGAGAUAAUAGUGUAUAUGAUUUUCAAGUGAAUUUUUAAAAUCGAGCGAUUACGUUUAACUCCAAGUAUAUAAACGCAGGUCGCCUUCUUAAAGGUGAUUUUUAGUUAGAAUUAAAUUUGCAUGAAUUUCUUCGCCAUUUUGAUAGGCUGGAAACUUUGAAAGUUGUUACAUAAUUUAGAAUAAAGAAUAAAGUGUUUAAAAAGGU